GGAUAUAUAUAUAUAUAUAUAUGGAUGAGUGAAGUGUUCAGAGAGCAGAAAGUCCUGACAGACUGCAAUCAUGCUGAGGAUCCUGUUGUUGAGCGUGCUGGCCGCCCUGGCGCUGGCUGAGCCCGGAUAUCUGGAGGAUCAGGUCCCUGAGGAGAGGGUCGUUGGUGGAACGGUGGCAAAACCCAACUCUUGGCCCUGGCAGAUCUCUCUCCAGUACCUGUCGGGUGGCAGCUACUAUCACACCUGUGGUGGGACUCUGAUCAGGACUAGAUGGGUGAUGACUGCCGCCCACUGCGUCGACACCUCGAGAACUUGGCGUGUGGUUCUGGGCGACCACGACAUCUACAACCACGAGGGUCGCGAGCAGUACAUGAGCGUCAGCGCCGUCUACAUCCACCCCAACUGGAACAGCAACAGUGUGGCUUCUGGAUAUGAUAUCGCCCUUCUGCGUCUGUCCUCCGACGCCUCUCUGAACUCAUACGUGCAGCUGGGCAGUCUGCCUCCCUCGGGACAGGUUCUGCCCAAUAACAACCCCUGUUACAUCACCGGCUGGGGCCGCACACAGACCGGUGGGUCUCUCUCGGCUCAGCUGAAACAGGCCUCUCUGCCCGUGGUCGACUACAGUACCUGCUCUCGCAGCGACUGGUGGGGAAGCACCGUGAAGAACACUAUGGUUUGCGCUGGAGGCGGAAGCGACUCUGGAUGCCAGGGUGACUCUGGCGGUCCUCUGAACUGUCAGGUCAGUGGUCAGUACGUUGUUCACGGUGUGACCAGCUUUGUGUCUUCAUCGGGUUGUAACGCCUACAAGAAGCCCACAGUCUUCACUCGUGUGUCUGCAUACAUCAGCUGGAUGAACGGCAUCAUUGGAUGAGGAGGAAAACCUGAGAGGAUGAAAGACGAACAUCCUUCAUUUACCAAGCUUUAACAUCUGCGCCGGCCAAAAAUACAUACAAUAAACUUUAUAUCUAA